AUCGUAAUUCCUAAUCUGUGGCUUUAAGUUGACAGAUUCGUGGUAAAGUAGAUUCCAUGUCAAAAUAUUUUUGUUUUGUAAAUUUCAUUUCAUUAAAAUAACUCCUGUAAUAUGUGAUAAUUGUGAUGUUUUCCAUUUAUUUACACACCUUAGAAUUUAAAAGAAAGCAUUCAAUAUUAAUCACUUGUCAUGUUUUGGUGGUUCAAUCACCGUGAUAGUUGGUGAUAGUCAUGUCAGAUUGCGCGCUGGUAGCCAGUGUAAGCGAACACGAUGCCAGUAUGGAUGUGGGGAACGACAAGUCUCUAUUCGAACCUACUAUUGAUAUGAUGGUAAAUGAUUUUGAUGACGAGAGAACAUUAGACGAAGAAGAAGCUUUGGCGGCGGGAGAACAUCAGGACCCUAAAGCGGAACUGAAUAGUCUCCAACGAGAAGGUGAUAUGCCCUUGGAAGAACUUUUAGCUUUGUAUGGUUACAAUAGAAAUAUGGAGAAGCCUAUCCCUGAGCAGGUACCUGAAGUGGUACCAGAAGAAAACCAGAAGCCAGACUCUGCACUGCAGCAGUUAUACAAUGAAACGGCCAGUCCCGAGGCGACGCGGUGUCUCAGGUCAGGGUCUCGACCGCCUUCCGAGGAGGAAGAUGAUUGUGAUUACAGUCCUGAUGAGGAUGAUUGGAAAAAAACAAUUAUGGUUGGUAGUGACUAUCAAGCAGCUAUUCCUGAAGGUUUAUGCAGUUAUGAUGAUGCAUUGCCCUACGAAAAUGAAGAUAAAUUAGUAUGGAAUCCCAGUGUUUUAGAAGAAAAAGUAAUAGAGGAUUAUAUGAAGAAAAUUUGUGCUAUGAACUCUGGCGCAGGUGUCGAUGCUGUUCCAAAGGGUAAACAACUUCGUGAUGAUGAAGAGGCCUUGUUUUUAUUGCAACAGUGUGGUCACAACAUAGAAGAAGCACUGAGAAGAAGACGCAUAAUGGCGCAAACCCCUGCACACGCCAGUGUGUGGUCAGAAGAGGAGUGUCGUAACUUUGAAAAUGGUAUUAAAGCUCAUGGUAAAGAUUUUCAUCAGAUACGGCAACAAAAAGUUAGGACGCGGUCAGUUGGUGAGCUUGUACAGUUUUAUUAUAUUUGGAAAAAGACAGAGAGGCAUGAUAUAUUUGCCAAUAAGACACGCCUAGAAAAGAAAAAGUACACUUUGCAUCCGGGUCAUACAGACUAUAUGGAUAGGUUCUUAGAAGAGCAGGAGGGGACAGGUCCAGGUGUUGUGCGGCCUGUAUCACCAUCACCAAUGAUGGUUUAUGUUCCAUCUCCGGCUGCCCAACCAGAUCCUUUAGCCUUAGGUGAGAAAGAGGUGUUCUCACAACUAACCCACACCACACCUCCGCGAACAAUGUCAACCGACGAUCCGGAACCAGAUAUAGUUUCCUAAUACAGGCAUAUUUGGCUCUGCCAGUAUCAUCGGUUGUACCGUUUUGUAACAUACAUUGUUAUUAGGUAGUAGUAAGAAGAGAUGGUAUUCCACUAGACUUGUCCAAUUUCUUUAUCUGAUUUUUGAUCAACAAUUAUAUUCAAGCAAUACAUACGUUGAUCAGGAUAUGUUACAUUAAAAUUAUAAAUAAAUACUUUUUACUUCUACACCCAACAUCUCGUAGCUAGCGCUAUCUAUCUUAAAACAUUAUCAGACAGCAUUUUAAACUAUUACGUAUUCUGGUGUGGACAUUUUUUAAAUAACUUAGGUAUCACUUUUUAAUUUUAUAAAAUAAUAUUAUUUUAUCAUUCAAAUUAAAUUGAUCAAAACUUGGAUAAACAAAUUUGGCCAGUGUUGUACCAUCAUGACACCCCCUUAUUUGUAGAAAAUCAAAACUGGAAGUAUUUUAUAGAUGCAUCUAAGAUUAAUGUUUUAUACAGACAACAGUACAAUGUAAAUAAUGGUAUUUAAUAGUUUUUAAAUGAUUAAUUAUUAAUAAGGGGGUUGAAAGAAAGAUUUACGAAUUUGAAAGUGUUAGUUAGGAAAUUCUGAUAAUGGCAGGCUUAUUUAAUUAACUUUAUAAGUUUAAUUAUUUUUUUAUUAGCUUUCGAUAGCAAAACUAUUGCAUUAAAAUCAACCAAAAUUAUCAAGUUUGAAUUGAAAAAAAUUCAUUGAUAUUGGAUGAUAAAUGCAAAUGAGAAAGGAUAUAGUAAUUUUUAUG